GGCGCAUGCCAUCCAGUUGUACUCAAGCAAUUGUAAUCAACAUGAAGCUGUUCCUCACUGUCCUGGCCGUGGCCGUUGCCUGUGCCUCCGCCUCCGCUCUGCCCCAGAAGGUGCAGCCGGUGCCCCUGAAGGACGCCGUCGUGGGUCCCGGAGGAGCUGCCUCGAUCGAGGGUCGCAUCACCAAUGGCUACGGCGCCUCCGAGGGCAAGGUGCCCUACAUCGUGGGCCUGGGCUUCAGCAGCGGCGGCGGUGGCUGGUGGUGCGGUGGCUCGAUCAUCGGCCACAACUGGGUGGUGACGGCCGCCCACUGCACCCACGGCGCCGACUCCGUGACCAUCUACUACGGAGCCCUGUGGCGUCUGCAGCCCCAGUACACCCACACCGUGGGCAGCGGCAGCUUCCGCCAGCACUCGCACUACAACACCAACAACCUGAACAACGACAUCUCGCUGAUCAACACCCCGCACGUGGACUUCUGGCACCUGGUCAACAAGGUGGAGCUGCCCAACGGCAACGAGCGCUACAACAACUUCGCCUGCUGGUGGGCCCUGGCCUCCGGAUGGGGCAAGCCCUGCGACAACUGCGGCGUGUCCGACUACCUCAACUGCGUGGACUCCCAGAUCAUCGACCGCAGCGAGUGCGCCGGCGUCUACGGCACCGAUGUGAUCACCGACCACGUCAUCUGCACCUCCACCCCCGGCGGCAGGUCCACCUGCUCCGGCGACUCCGGCGGUCCCCUGGUCCUCCACGACGGCAACAAGCUGGUCGGCGUCACCUCCUUCGUGGCCGCCAGCGGAUGCACCUCGGGCCUGCCCGACGGCUUCACCCGCGUCACCAGCUACCUGGACUGGAUCCGCGACCACACCGGCAUCUCCUACUAAGCAGCUCUCUUUCGCUUUCGAAGUAAACUGUUUCGCAUUUAA